GAGGAGUCCGCCACCGACACUAUGGCAAGCCCCUGCGUGGAGCUGAGCAACCAGAUGAAGAUGCCCAUCCUGGGGCUGGGCACCUGGCAGGCUUCUCCAGGAAAGGUAGAAGAGGUGGUGAAGCAUGCUAUUGAUGCAGGCUACCGGCACCUCGACUGUGCCUAUUUCUACCAGAAUGAACAUGAAAUAGGGAAUGCAGUCCAGCAGAAGAUCAAGGAGGGAGCUGUGAAGCGGGAAGAUCUCUUCAUUGUCACUAAGUUGUGGAACACAUUUCAUGAGAAGUCCAUGGUAAAGGAAGGGUGCAAACGGAGCCUUGCUGCACUGCAACUGGACUACCUCGACCUCUACCUGAUACAUUUCCCUAUGGGAUUUAAGGCUGGUGAAGAUCUGAUGCCUACAGAUGACAAGGGUAUGGCAAUCCCCAGUGAUACAGAUUUUCUGGACACAUGGGAGGCCAUGGAAGAGCUGGUGGACUGUGGCAUGGUAAAAUCCAUUGGAGUUUCCAACUUUAACCAUGAGCAGAUUGAAAGAAUCUUGAACAAGCCAGGUCUAAAGUACAAGCCAGGUAAGACUUUUAUUUCCACUGAUAUUGAAUGCCAUCCGUACCUGACCCAGGAGAAGCUGAUCAAGUACUGCCAAUCCAAAGGGAUCGCUGUGACAGCAUACAGUCCCCUGGGUUCUCCAAACCGGCCAUGGGCCAAGCCAGGGGAACCCCUGCUGCUGGAGGAUCCUAAGAUUAAAGAGAUUGCAGCUAGAUAUAAUAAAACCCCUGCCCAGGUCCUGAUCCGGUUUAACGUCCAAAGGAACAUGGCUGUCAUUCCCAAGUCUGACAAAGUGCAGCGCAUUAAGGAAAACAUAAAGGUGUUUGACUUUGAGCUGUCUAAGAAAGAGAUGGGUGUCAUCCUCAGCUUUAACAGGAACUGGAGGGCAGUUCCAGUAGCCCAGGCUGUCAAUCAUAAGGACUACCCAUUCAAAGCAGAAUAUUAACACCAGUGGUUUCUGCGAGACCUCUGUGUAUCUCCUUCCAGAUUAGAAGAUGUCCUCUGUAUCUGAGUCCUGAUUUCUUCUUUUGUACUUGACGAUCAUUAAAAGCGGUUACUUGUCCUCCUUUUUUAGGAGGAGACCACUAGCUGGUGAAAGAAUGCAUCAGUGGGGAUGGGUCUUUUGUUGAGAGGGUUAGCAGAAAUCUGUUCUUGAUUAAUAGUUUAAAAAAAAAAGACAAUGUCUCAUUUCUGUUUUUCCUUGUCUUCCCUAAUUAAAGACAUGUUUAACAAAUAAUAAAAAAAAAAUCUUGUAAGUAACUAGAUUUUUUUAAUGUUGUUUUCAGUGCAGUAAGUCUUACUGGCUUAUGAGUGGCUGUUGGAGAACACUGUCUUUAAUUACUUUGCUUUUUGCAUAGUUGUGAUUUUUAUGGUGUGAAUCAUUAAUGCUUUAAAAUUUUAUAUGAAUAGCAAGAAAACAAAAAAUAAAGUUUGAAUAACAACAAAACUUUGUCACUGUAAUGCUUACAUUGUUUGAUGUGACUAAUUAUUUAAAAACAUGCCUGAAGUUUGGUUUUUGAAUUUUCAUACAGGUAGGAAUGGGCUCCUAUGCUUUCUGUACAAGGACAACACUGGGAAAGAAACUAAUUUGGGGCUUAUGCAUCAAACAUGCAUAAAGCCCACCUAGAAGCUAAAGAGUAAAACUGCCCUCCCUCUGAACAACUAGAAAGUGAUUUCUUGUACAAUGAGAAGUGAAAAAGUGAAGACAGCAACAUAUGCAGUGAUAACCUAAAAGAAAAUGCAUCCAGCUGAACAUAGGGGCUAUCUAGAAAAGCAGGACAAGUUGUUCUGGAAAUCGCAAACAAAAAAUUUGUUUUUUUUUUUUUGCAACUCUGCUGGCAGCAUUCAGGAAAUAACAUAUCCAGACAAGAUUUGGCUUAAUCAUGAUCAGAAACUAAAGCACCAACCUCAUAUUGUCUGACAAUUUGUCACCUCUUUAGUGGCAUCAAAAUGCCUGGUGCUGCUGGGUCAGAGUCUGUAGCAAAUGCCACCAGGAGGAGCCACCAGUACAGGGGGACAAUCCUGCAAUGACCCACGUCAGUAUUGCCUAAAAGUAAAACCAAUUGUACCCAGCACACUUUCAUGGUCUUAUAAAACGAUAAUAACCAGGAGCAGAAGAAACAUUCACAGCAACAAGAAAAACUCACUAAACUAAACUCACUCACUAAAACUUGGAGAGAAACAUAUCAAUAUGGUCAGUAUGAGGAAGGAGAGCAAGUACACUUUUAAGCAUACAAGCUCUUUCCAGAUUAAGUUAGAAAGCAUCCAACUGUUUCUUCCCCAACAGCUGAGAAAGCUGCUUGCUGCAGCCUUCCCGUUGCUCCCUGCAGAGCUGGCAGCAGCCUGGGAGGCCUCUUUCAAAGGACGGUGACCUGAGUAGAGCAGGGCAGUAUGGGCUGUGCUGCCUUACAGCAGAAAAGAAGGGGGUAGGAGGACAAUGGGAUGCCAGCAGCUCCCCAGGCUUGGUCCUUGUGACCACCCAAGCUUGGAAGCACUUCCCCACUGAGCUGCCUCUCACCAAGGUAAGCAGAAGAAACAACAUUAAUGGCUCUUACCGAAAAAGUUUUGCAAAGCAGGAGAGCAGACAAUCAUGACACUAGGUUAGAACCAACUUUGCUGGGCGUGCUGACAUCCAGAUGAUGCCCAGCUCCUGUCCUGUACUGACAAGCAUGACAAUUAAGAUUUUUAUAUAUAUAUAUAUAUAUAUUUUUUUUUUCUUGAGAAUCCAUAG